AGGUUGAUGAAUCGAGCGUGCUGUCAUCGCUCCGCUCGCCCACUCUCUCCGACCACUUUUCCGCCAGCGGUCGCAUCCUGCCCGGCCGCCAGCUCCGGAGCUACCGUUAGCCAGCGAAUAACAAGGGAGUCGGAAGUCAUUUUUUUUUCUCCCCCGUUGGAAUAUCAGCGUUAUGUCGGUUAGUUAAAUAUUUGUCUUGUUCGGGAAGAUGAAAUCACAUUUCCUCCGUGUCGACGCGGCUCCUGGAAGACACAUCCCCCCGCGUGAAGUCCGCCUUCUCAGCCCGACCUCGGUUAGCGAGUCCGUCCGUCUUGCCAAGCGAGAGGCUCCGCCGUCCUCCGCCGCCGCUGGAGCUCUGUGAGGCGCGGAGGCUCCGGACAAAGCCCGUCAGAUGUUGGCCGGUGGGAACAUAUCCUCGGACCCCCCCACGAUUUGAAACCAUUGCCGUGGAGCUGAAUUGUCGAAUCCGUCGUGGAAGCGCCGCGAAUACGGUGGAGGACCGAGGUCUAUUUUCAGAGAGGGCGAGAGUUCGGAUCUCUCACCGGGGGAAGGAACCGAGGAGCGGGGGGUGUGAGGAGGAGGAAGACCCGCAGAGAAGAAGGGACGUAGCGGGAGGAAACUGCCGCUGCCAGUGAUGGCAAACGAGCCGAUCAUCCUAAACGUCUAUGAUAUGUACUGGAUCAAUGAGUUCACCAGCUCUCUGGGCAUCGGAGUGUUUCACUCAGGGAUUGAGAUCUAUGGAAGAGAGUUUGCCUAUGGUGGACACCCGUACCCAUUCUCAGGGAUCUUUGAGAUUACACCAGGCGAUGCCACUGAACUGGGCGACACCUUCAAGUUCAAAGAAGCCAUAGUCCUCGGCAGCACAGACUUCACAGAGGAGGAUGUGGAGCGAAUCGUGGAGGAGAUGGGGAAGGAGUACAGAGGCAACGCCUACCACCUCAUGCACAAGAACUGCAACCACUUCUCCUCGGCACUUUCAGAGAUCCUGUGUGGCCGGGAGAUCCCUCGCUGGGUCAACCGUCUGGCCUACUUCAGCUCCUGCGUGCCCUUCCUCCAGACCUGCCUGCCCAAAGAGUGGCUGACCCCGGCUGCCUUACAGUCCAGCGUCAGCCAGGAGCUCCACGGAGCAGGAGAGCUGGAGGAGGCUGAGGACGCCGCCGCCACCGCCUCGCUGGCCUCCAUGUCGCCCUCCUCUUCCUCCAGCCCCACCUCCUUGCCUCGUCACUCCCGCUACCAGCCCCGCCGGUAGAACCUGCAAAGCCUGCUGGGAAACACAGGGCUGGACUUGUGGUCAGGAAACAGAAUAGCUGAUGAGUCCAGCUACAGUCUGUCAGGACCGUCUUUGAGCAGAACCUGAACCGCUCCCUGCUCUGGGUAAGAACGUCAGCCAAAUCCCUGCAAUGAUCCAGAGCACUGGAAUAGUUUCUCCUCGCAGGGGGAAGGAGAUCUGGCUGCUGACAAAGGCUGGAUCACCUCCCAGUGAACACGGCUGACAACAGCUGACAACAUCCCCUCCAAAAUUCACUAUUUCUUAUCUUAUCUGCCCAGACCGCCCAGAAGCAGGGCUGUUUUUUUUCUCCACCAAAGUGUUUCGUAAUUUAAGAAGAUUUACCAGCCACAUGUAGAUUUUACCAGCAGUUAUUUAAUGGAUGGUGCUAAACUCAGAAAGAGAGAAUACUGUCAAACUGGAACUCUGAAAGGCUGACAUGGUAGAACACAUACUACUCAUGUCUAGUUUUUAAGUUGUUUGCAGCUGAAUAAUCUAAAGCUGCUUUUAGACACGUGCUGACAUUUUCAGGAGGUGCUGUAUGUAAGAAUGCAAAUGUCAGUUGAUCCGGACAUUCGCCUGCAAGCCCCACAGUAAAACGUCUGAAAAAUGUCCGAGGGUGCCGAUGUGAGAACAGGUAAAUGUCAUUGAUGACAUUUCUAAUAAGCGUGGGGUAUGAAAGUGGAAGAAUACAAAUAUCUCUGGAUGAAAAGAGGAGACGCAGAAGAUGCCAACUUCAAAAGACAAUGACAUUGGAGAGCUUGUGAUAGUGAGGGCCGUAAGCCAAAACCAAAACAUGUGAUUUUCUGGAUUGGGAGUUAUACGUCACGUCCUGCGUGCUCUACCCAGCCGCCACCCCUCAUGUGAAUGUUCGGGACAAUUUCCUGUUGUUGUGAACACGUCUGACACGGCAAUCCCUGCUGUGUGUUUCAUAUGUGAAAGGCAAAGUCCACAAAAUGUCUGGAGCCAAUUUUACAUAUUUCAUUUAGAAAAAACGACUUAACUGCUAUGAGCUAAGUAGGAGGAGCCAGAGAGAGCUGUCAAUCAAGUCAAACAUGCAAUAAACAUCAAAUUCACCUCUCGUCGAGCGCUGGUAUAAUUUGACUGUGGCUGGUCAAUAUAUUCUAUAAUAUUUGGUUUGUAAAAUUUUGAAAGCAUUUCCUCAGAAUACUGUGCGAGCGUCAGGACCUCAGGCUUCUUCUUCUAUCACAGAAAGCUGGAGAGACUUAAACAAGAACUACAAUCAGCCUCAAUUUACACAGAUAAACUGAUCCAGGACCAGAAUCUAAAUGGGAGAAACAUCCCUAUCACACCUGAGAUUGGUUCAAGUUCAGGAACCUUUAAUGACACAAUUUUCAAACCUGUAUCAGCCUUUGAACUAAUAACCGGUAAUUUCUUCACCAAUGAUGUGAUCACGUCGAUUAUUAUGUUUGCAGGGCAGUGACUGAGAGGUUAAAAGGUUUUUUAUAACCUAGGAGGUUCUGAGUUCUGCUAAAUAAAAUAGUGAAUUCUUUCUUAGUAGCAACUGCCAAGGUGCCUUUCAGCAAGGUACUUAACCUACAAGCUUCCCAGUGGCCACCAGUAGAGGACUACUGUGGUCUAACUGGACCGCUCCCGGUCGUCAGCGUGUUUAUCAUCUGUAAGUGUGAAGCAACGUGUUUCGUCUUCACUCGAGUAACUUGGCGGCCACGAUGUCGUCAAAGUCGGGACGUGUGUCUUAAACUGACGACUCACAUCUGUGUCCGUUUAGGGAUGUCGCACACUGUUGUUAAUUUAAAACAUCACAAACACAUUUUAAGCUUUUAUUUUAAAGGAUUAUACUUAAAUCUUAUGUUGGAAAAACUGAUUGAAAUCAUUGUGUCACUCUUAUCUAAAGACAAUGCUGCUUUCCCAAAAAGACGAGCACCUCAUUUAAAACUCUAUAUAUGCUGUUGACACCACGUAUGCUGCAUAAUGUGUGUCGUCCCAAACAGGUGUCAAACAUACUUCUCAGUUGAUCUACUUGUUUUCCUGGACGUCUGAGGACCGGACGACAAGCAGGAACCAUUUAUUUGUUUAAAUCCUUUAUUGUAUUUCAAUUAUAUUUUAUGGACUCUGGCCUUUUAGUCUGUUUUGUUUAUGUUUGAUAAACUCAGGACUCCAAAAGGCUUUGUAAUAUAUUCCUUUAAACUUUUUUAUCCCACGGCUCUACGUUUGCGUUGUCGUUGCUUUUUCUAAUGCAGUAGUCACUCCAUAGAGCUUUUGAAGAACGUGGCACUGUGGCGGUGCAGUUUUUUAUACUCUCCUCUUUGAUUAAGAAACACAAACAAAAGCUUUCAUUUACAGCCCAGAUGUUUGUAUCUGAGCCUGUGCUGCUCUUGGUUUUCUGUCUGUGCGUGAAUGUGCACAAGUGUAUUAUAACUGGUUUGUUUCAACCAUCGACUGCGUAUUAAGAUGGACGACGCAUCUCCACUUUCCACCACUAACCAGAAGUGAAGCCAAAAUAUCCUGCACACAACUCGAUCACGUCAUUUGAAGUCAGUCAUUUAAUGCUCAAAUAACUAAUUAAAACCAAACCAGUGUGAUAAGAACUACCUAAAAUGAAAUAAUCCAUCUUCCAAUAACAUGGCAGAGGAGGGGUUUAUGACCUGUACUGCAUAAAGCCACCAGGGGGCAGUUUUGGCACUUUGGCUUCACUUUUACGGAGUCCGUCCAACUUUAUAAACAGUCUAUGACAUCAACAACCUGUCAACUUGGCCACACUUCUCCAUAUCUCACACAUUCUCUUCCCAACCGUAGCAGCGUUUCAAAGUUAUUUCUUUUUCUUCAACCGAUUGAAUUUCUUUUAACAUUUUGUCCUCUGACCUGAAUUCAGGAUAUUUUCAGUUACAUUAUUUUGAUGCAGUGUGCGACAGAUUUCAGGACGUUUAUUUUCUGAUAAACAAACCAAACAGAAUCAGUGUUUAAGCAGGACGCACUGUAAAACAACAUUUUUAUUAAAACCAGCACAUUCUUCUAAUCCACUCGAUCUACGAGAUUCAUUUUGAAUGUUUCUUUGUAAAUCUGAAUAUGAAAACUUUAUUUUUAAUGCACUGACACAGACUGACUCACUCACUUGUACUGCUCAUGCCGGCGCCAUCUGCUGGAAGUCAUUUGUACUGUUACUUGUCUGCUUCACACAGACACUGAGGUUUUUCCUUUAACCUUCAUAGCGUCACAUAAUGUGUUGAUCUUUAAUUGACUGAUAAACAGUAUCUCAUCAAACACCGUUUAAACAUGUGUAACCUUUCAUUUCAAAAUGCUGAUAAAUAAAACUGGAAAGUUCAGAUUACAACAUUUAACACACAAUUAAUCACCUUCUGUCCUUCCUCAGUUUUUCUCUAAAGCCACUUAAUCACAGAUUUCUUAUUUUGAAUGGAAUCCCUCAUUCUUUGUGUAGUAGUUUUAAUAAUAAUAGUAAAUGUCCUGUCAAAUUGUUCUGAUUGCACCACAUGUGUGAGCUAUGAAUGUAAAUGAGGAAACCUCAGUCAUUUAAUCCCCACAAUAAAAAAUGACUUCAGCUGUUUGAUGGUAAACUGUCACAGAGACUUCAGAACAGAUUUAUACUCUUGUUUGAAAGUUAUUAAAGAGACGAUCUGUGACUUUCAUUGUGUCAUCACUGUUUUUAUACAUGACUUCUGGUUAUGAUCUUUGACUUUAACGUGGAAUUCCAAACUGUUUUUAUUUAAAAUCUAAAACUGAAGCUGUUAGCAGUAAAAGAACUGAGUGCUGCACCAGUUUUUCCAGAUUCAUUUAUCAACUGUAGUGUGUAGCAGCACCUCUUUAAUUGGUGUGGAAGUGUAAAAGUGGAUUGUAUUUGUUUUUAUCCGGGUAUUUAAAAUGUUUCAUAUCCUACAGGUACUUUAGUCAGUGCUUUGAGUGUACGUCACUAGAUGGAGACAAAUCCUCAUCAAUGAUGCAGCUAAAGACGUCAGCGACUAUGUUCACAUGGACACAAAUAUUCAGACGUUAACCAUAUUAAGACUGAAUGAGACACAGACAUAUAAACAGGAUUUACCGAUUACUUCAACCAGAAUAAGAUCCUACCCAGAAUAAACAAUAAUCAAAUCAAGACAAACACAAUUAUGUAACACAACGGGCCUCAAUUAUUUAACAUGGUGUCAUUAGUGGAAGUUUAAAUGUAUCUGAUUGUUGUAAUUAUAUCAGAGCAUG